GUUGUAUUUUAAAUGCGUUACUUUGGUACAUGCAGUGCACUAGGUAGGCUGUAAAAUCUGUUACGGUCUGGCUGCCGUAAGUGCGCGUGUAUAGGGUAUAGUGCACGUGUAUAGGGUGUAGCGCGUGAUUUAGGAGUGAGCCGGUAGCAUCCGGCUGUAAACAGUGAGGAAGUGGGCGGUGCGGUUCAAUAGUUUACUACAGUCCGAAACCAGUAAAGAGCUGCAGACUGGAAAGGGACUGGAUACGGAAUUAUUCUGUACUUUAUGGUCAUUAUUUGUGAUGAGAUGGAGCAGGAAACUUUAAAAGCACUGAACGCUCUCAGAUUGGAGCAGAAGACGCACAACAUCGACACUUUCAGGCUCUUCAUGGUCACAUGGAACGUGGCUACAGCAGAGCCUCCUGAUGACAUCACGUCCCUACUGCAGCUUAAUUCCCCGAAGAAAGCAGACCUCUACGUGAUCGGUUUACAGGAAGUGAGAGCAGCACCUCUGAAGUUCGUCAAAGAUCUGGCUUUCGGAGAUUCCUGGAGUUGCCUGUUCAUGAACACGCUGACUCCUCUGGGCUAUAUUCAAGUGUCCUCUGUGAGGAUGCAGGGUCUGCUGCUGCUGCUCUUUUCUAAGUUAGAGCACCUCCCCUUUAUCCGAGACAUUCGGACCACGUACACUCGCACCGGGAUCUACGGAUACUGGGGUAAUAAAGGAGGGGUGAGCCUCCGUAUCUCCUUCUACGGUCAUUCGCUCUGCUUCCUCAACUGUCACCUGGCAGCCCACAUCAAUUACGCCUCUCAAAGGGUGGAGGAAUUUGAGCACAUCCUGAACUCCCAGACGUUUGACGGCAAAAACACUCCAUCUGUUUUAGACCACAAGCUCGUCUUCUGGUUCGGAGACUUGAAUUUUCGUAUCGAAGACCACGGGAUGCACUUCAUUCGCAACUGCAUCAGCAGCAAGAAUUUCAACCUGCUGUGGUCUAAAGACCAGCUGACUAUGAUGAAGAAGAAGAUCCCCAGACUGCAGCAGUUUGAAGAAGGACCUCUCGAGUUUCAGCCUACCUACAAAUUCGACUUGAACUCUGAUAAAUACGACUCGAGGCUGCAGACGGCUUGGUUCGGUCUUACCGGGAAAAAGCGAAAGCCUGCGUGGUGCGAUCGGAUCCUGUGGCGGAUGAACACCAAACCUCCCCCUGAGAAUGCAGAUAAAGACCUUGAUGAAUAUGAUGGUGGUGGUGAUUAUGAUGGAGAGCAGGAGCAGCUUGAGGAACCGUUGGAUGAAUUUCCUCUCAAAGUAGAGCAGGACGCUUACACCAGCAACAUGGAGUACGGCAUCAGUGACCAUAAACCCGUCACGGGCAUCUUCAGACUGGAGCUGAGGAGGAUGUACGAGACUCCACUGGUGCGUGUGCGUGCCGAGGGUGAGUGGAGCGCAGACAUGGACGCUGUGGUGACCUACUGCCCUCUGGAGCAGUUUCCCUCCAGCGCCUGGGACUGGAUUGGCCUUUAUAAGGUUGGAUUCCAGAGCAUUUAUGAUUACAUCACCUAUACCUGGGUAAAAGAUGACCAGGUGGCCUUGAGUAAUGAGCUCAUCCAGGUUUAUGUGAGCAAGGAGGAGAUCCCGGUUCUAGGUGGGGAAUGUGUACUGUGCUACUACAGUAGUAACCUGCAGUGCAUUGUGGGUAUUAGCGAACCUUUCAAAGUUCACGAGUCGCAAGCAGCGAUUGAAGAAGGCUUCUUACCCCAGAACGUUAACAGAUUCGGACGGGAUUCGGCCAGUUAGGACCACGCGAACGCGCCGUUUUGAGGCUCGUCAGUGACGGAUGCUCUUUCCGCUUCAGAAAAACAGAAGAAUUUAUUUUAGUUUAAAUUUAAGUGCAAUUUUAUCUGAAUGUCAAAUCUUUCAACGUUUUUAUUUUAAAUUAAUCCUACGGUUUUCUCCGUUCUUCUUUAAUCAUUGCUCUUUUUGUGUCUUAUUAUUAUUAUUAUUAUUAUUAUUAUUUUUACCCCUGUGCUGCCUUUCCCCCCCCCCGUGAUAUUUGUUGCCCCUAUACUUAUUUUGACUAUAAGCCUAUAAAAAUGUCUCUAAGUCUAGACGAAAACUUUUAUUAAUAUCGCACCAUUCUGAGUGGUAGGUUUUAUUCCCAUAGCUUUAUAGUCAGUGUAAUAUUUUUAAGGCGUUUUUAAUCUGCCUUUUCCUGCUCCGUGCUACUGAAAUGCUGUCAUCACUGUCAUCAGUGUUAUUAUUAGUUGUGUCAGGUUUAUUUAAAUCUGUUACAAAAGAAGAAUGUAAUGUAGAAAAAUUAGCACUUUGCACUGAUCGCUCUGACACGAAACGUCUAGUUUGUACAACGCAUACUUUUACGUUACACGCACUUAUCGGAUGAGGAUCAAAUCAUUUUACCUGCAUUACUUUUAUUUCUGUUUAUCAGUAUGUGUGGUCCAGCCAGAUGUGUCUACAUUAUUACAGAUGUGUAGGGUUACUUGAAUGUACGACUACACCGAUUUUAUUUAACUGUAUUUAUCGUUUAUAUUAUACAAAAGAUAUCACUCACAUUUCUUUGUCUGUAUAAAUAAGUACGUGAGAACGCAUAGCAACGAGUUUGACGAUCGGGAAUCAUUUUUAUUUUUUUGGCACGAUUUCAUUAAUAUUUCUAUUCAAAGAUAUGUUUAGCUUUUUAAAUGGGUGAAAAAUAAAAACUUCUCAGGAG